CUUCUGCUUAGUCUUUGGGCUUCUUUCUGAAGGUCUUUCGCGAUGAGCUGUAGCACCAAACAGGCAUCCACCAUGUACACGAGAGGCAGAAGCAGCAGUGGGAGCUGCGGUGGAAUCCGGGUUUCUUCGGGAGUCUCCGGGAGGUGUGCUGCCCCUGCCGUAGGUAGCGUUAGAUGUGAUAUGUCUGGGAGGAGCUACUGCAGCGGAGUGAGUUUCGGAGGGGGCCUGAGUGGAGGCAGCUGCAUCGAUGGUGGCUUUGGUGGCGGGUACAUGUGUGCUCCUGGUGGCGGCGCCGCCCGCUUUGGUGGCUUUGGCAUUUGCCAUGAUGCGCCCUUGAUCUCCUGUGAUGAGAAGAUGACCAUGCAGAACCUCAACGACCGCUUGGCCUCUUACUUGGACAAAGUGCGGUGCCUGGAGGAGGAGAACGCUCAGCUCGACUGCAAAAUCAGGGAGUGGUAUGACCGCCAAGGUGCCCUCUGUGACCCCAAGGACUACAGCUGUUACUACCAACAAAUUGAAGACCUUAAAAACCAGAUUAUCUGUGCCACUGUGGACAACAGCAAGCUUGUUCUGGAUAUUGAUAAUAACCGGAUGACUGCAGAUGACUUCAGACUGAAGUAUGAGACUGAGCUGGCCCUCUGCCAAAAUGUGGAAGCUGACAUCAAUGGCUUACGUCAAGUCCUGGAUCAACUGACCCUUUGCAGGUCUGACUUGGAGGCUCAGCUGGAAGCCCUCAGAGAAGAGCUGUGUUGCCUCAAGAAAAACCACGAAGAGGAAAUCAAGGGUCUGAGGAACCAAGCAACUGGGGACGUGAGUGUGGAAGUCAACUCCUGCCCAGGCCCAGACCUGAAGAAGGUCUUGGAAGAAAUGAGAUGCCAGUAUGAAACUAUGAUUGAGAACAACCGCAGAGAAGUUGAACAGUGGUAUGAAUGUAAGAUGGAGGAAGUGAAUCAGGAAGUCUGUAACAGCAGCAAGGAGGUUGAAGACUGCAACAACCAAGUUGUUGACCUGAAGCGCCAGCUGCAGACCUUGGAAAUUGAUCUGCAGGCUCAGCUUAGCCUGAGGGACACACUGCAAGGAUCCUUGGCCGAGACCGAGUGUCGAUAUAACAGCCACUUGUGCGAAAUACAGAACCAGAUCUCUUGCGUGGAGCAGCAGCUGGCAGAGUUGAGGGCAGAGAUGGAAUGCCAGAACCGAGAAUACAGGGACCUCCUGGACGUCAAAUGCCGCCUGGAACAGGAGAUCCAGACCUACCGCUGCCUGCUAGAGGGAGGCCAGAAUGACAUUGUGGGCUCGAGCAGUGGUGGUUCAGGAGGCGGAGCCUGCAGGCAGUCAGGAGGAGGUGUGGCUAGAACUUCCCACACGUACACGACCUCCUCUUCCCAGUGCCAGCCUUGCCAGCCUGAUGUCAAAGGGUACAGCAGAUAAGAGCUGGAAAGAGAAGAGCAUCUUCUGUAGAUGCAGCUAUUGCAAUUCUAUCCUGUAAACUUUCUGGGCUCAUACUGACAAGCAAGAGGAAUCUUUCCCCCCCAGCUACUGAACACUAUAAAUACCAACCAUCCACCAGUGGGCUGACCUCCAAGCUCAUUAUAUUACUCACUUCUAUAAGCUCCAGGAUAUUAUUAACCAUGGCUAAAUGUUAACCAGCAUUGUGGGGUUGGUCUUGGGCAUUGUGGGACUUCAAUAAAACUAUGCUUCUGCCUGAU